UGGCCGCCGCGUGCCCCGCCGCCCCGGACAUGGCCGCCGCGGGCCCCGCCCCCUCCCCGGGCUGCGUCCUCUGCCAGUUCUGCGAGCUGGACCCUGCCCGUGAGGCCGCCAAGACGUGCGUGACGUGCGCCGUGUCCUACUGCGCGCCCUGCCUGCGCGCCACGCACCCCAACAAGUGGCCGUUCACGGGGCACCGGCUGGCCGAGCCCAUGCCGGACGCGCACCUGCGUGGGCUGCAGUGCCCGGAGCACGAGGACGAGCGGGUCAGCCUGUACUGUGCGGCCGACGACCAGCUCAUCUGCGCGCUCUGCAAGCUCGUGGGCCGGCACCGCGACCACCAGGUGGCGGCGCUGAGCGAGCGCUACGACAAAUGGAAGCAGACGCUCGAGACCAACCUGGCCCACCUGGUCAAGCGGAACGCGGAGCUGGAGGUGCAGCUGGGCAAGCUGAUGCAGACCUGCCAGCUCGUGGAGGUGCACGCCGCGCGGCAGGAGGCCCGGCUGGGCGAGGAGUGCGACCUCCUGGUGGCCGUCGUGCAGCAGCGGCGCGAGGCCAUCGGGGCCAAGAUCCGCGAGGGCAAGGCCGUGCGGCUGCGGAAGCUGGCCCAGCAGAUCGCCAGCUGCAAGCAGUGCGUGGAGCGCUCGGCCGCCCUCAUCGCGCAGGCCGAGCUGUCGCUCAAGGAGGCCGACCACGCGCGCUUCCUGCAGACGGCCAAGAGCAUCACCGAGAGGGUCUCCAUGGCGACCGCCUCCUCCCAGGUGCUGCUGCCCGAGAUCAACGUCAGCGACGCCUUCGACAGCUUCGCCCUGGACUUCUCCCGGGAGAAGAAGCUGCUGGAGUCUCUCGACUACCUCACGGCGCCCGGGCCGCCCGCGCUCCGCGAGGAGCUGUGCACGGCCUCCCACGACACCAUCACCGUGCACUGGGCCUCGGACGACGAGUUCAGCGUGGGCUCCUACGAGCUGCGGUACUCGGUGCUCACCGGCCCGGCCAACGUGGCCAGCCUGUGCAGCUCGGCCGACAGCUGGAUGAUCGUGCCCAACAUCCGGCAGAACCACUACACCGUGCACGGGCUGCAGAGCGGCACCCGCUACGUCUUCCUGGUCAGGGCCAUCAACCAGGCCGGCAGCCGGAGCAGCGAGCCCGGGCGGCUCAAGACCAACAGCCAGCCGUUCAAGCUGGACCCCAAGUCCGCGCACCGCAAGCUGAAGGUCUCGCACGACAACCUGACGGUGGAGCGCGACGAGGCCUCGUCCAAGAAGAGCCAUGCGCCCGAGCGCUUCUCCGGCCAGGGCAGCUACGGCGUGGCCGGGAACGUGUUCAUCGACAGCGGCCGGCACUACUGGGAGGUGGUGCUGGGCGGCAGCACCUGGUUCGCCGUGGGCCUCGCCUACAAGUCCGCGCCCCGGCACGAGUGGGUCGGCAAGAACGCCGUGUCCUGGGCCCUGUGCCGCUGCCACAACGCCUGGGUGGCCCGGCACGACGGCAAGGAGGUGGCGCUGGAGCCGGCGCCGCACCCGCGCCGCGUGGGCGUCCUGCUGGACUACGACGGCGGCUGCCUGGCCUUCUAUGACGCCCUGAGCGCCCUGCGCCUGCACGCCUUCGACGCCGCCUUCGCCCAGCCCGUGUGCCCCACCUUCGCCGUCUGGAACAAGUGCCUGACGGUCAUCACCGGGCUGCCGGUCCCCGACCACCUGGACGGCACGGAGCCGCUGCCCUGAGCGCCGCCCGGCCGCAGGGUGCGGCCAUGUUGUCCAAGAUGGCCGAGGUCGGGGCCGAGGUGCUGGAGGAAUCAAAAUGGCGGACAUCUGGUCCAAGCUGGCGGCCAUGUUGUCCUGUAGGAAUCAAAAUGGCAGAAUAGAAAUCAAAAUGGCGGACAUCUGGUCACAGGCGGUGGCCAUAUUGCCCCGUAGAAAUCAAAAUGGCGGUACUUACCCACAGACUGCCCACUUCCUGCGGAACCGAACUCAUGCCCUCCAGGGGGUGUGGAAGACCCUGUUGGAUUGCUGUGGCUUUGUUUCCGAAUAAAAUAAUUUUUUUUGGCAAAAAAAAACAAAACAAAAAAAAAAAACCUCUAACAUUAGCUUCUUUUGUACUUAAUUUUCUUCAUAAUAUAAUUAAUUUUUAAUAUUAUAUCAAUAAAUAUAGUCUAAAAAUUAAAACAAUAUUGUGAGUUGCAUAAUGAAAAUGACAGCUCCACCUUUUUUCACUUCUGAUUUCCACUCCUAAUAUGUGAGAAGUUCAUUCUUUUUUUAUUUAAAAAGAUUUAUUUAUUUAUUUGAAUAUCAGAGUUAUGUAGAGAGAGAGGUCUUGCGUUUGCUGGCUCACUCCCCACUUGGCUGCAACUGGCCGGAGCUGCGCUGUCCUGAAGCCAGGAGCCAGGAGCUUCCUCCAGGUCUCCCACGCAGGUACAGGGGCCCAAGGAUUGGGCCAUCUUCUACUGCUUUCCCAGGCCAUAGCAGAGAGCUGGAUUGAAAGUGGAGCAGCCAGGUCUCGAACUGGCACCCAUAUGGGAUGCUGGCACUUCAGGCCAGGGCUUUAACCGGCUGCGCCACGGCACCAGCCCCAAGAAGUUCAUUCUUUAGGUUGUUUCUUGUUAUUUAUUUCCAUCUUUCUAGACAAACAUUAUACUGCUAUUUCUUGAUUUUUCAAUUCUAGACACUUGAUUUAUUUAGUAGAAAAUGGGAAUUUGGUUCACUUAAUACCUGUUGCCCCUGGACAAUUAAAAGCUUAUAUAUACAUUUUGGUAGAUCACAUUUUGGUAGGUCACAUUUUGGUAGAUCAAUAUUCAAGAUUUACAUUACUAUUAAUAGAUUAAUACACUAAUUGACUUCACAACUGGACCAAUUAGUGUCAUCAUAUUAUGCUUCUUACCUAGCUUUUGUUUUUCAGUGGACUUAAUGAUUAUAUUUUUUGUUGUCUGCUUAGUUUUCCGUGUCCUGUCACUAAUUCACAUCCAAACACUCCGCCAAAUUGGUAAUAUUCUUUUUAUUACAACAAUGUAUAACAAACUCUGUAUAUUAUUUUUCCUCUUUCUUGGGCAUAUCUCUCCUGGUGCCUUCACCUGUCUUGCUGUUAUCUCCACUAGUGGUUCACCAGUCUCCUAAACAUCUGUUUACUUGGAUUUCUAUUCAUUGUUUUUCUAAAAACACCCUUUACCUUUUCCUAUUUGAAUCUUGCCCAUUCACUUCUAAAUUUGUGCACAUUUUUUGUUUAUUCUCAUUUUGGAUGGUUAAUAUCCUUUGGCAACUUUCUAAGAAAGGUUACAGGGAAAUUAAUGUUUUGAGACUCCAUAGAAAUGAAAAUCUCAUACCUCCUUCAUUGGUUGAUAGCUUAUGUGAGUACUGAAGUGUAGGUUGCAAUUUAAAUUUUUCUACAUGUUGGGAAAGCAUUUUUCAUUAUAUUCUGCAUAUUAUCUUUGCUUUUGGUAAAUUCAUUACCCUGAUUUCAAAUAGUUUGUAUGUGACUCCCUUAGCCCCAUUUCAAAGCAGUGCUGAGGAUACCUUUACAGUGUUAUGAAAAUCCAUAUGGAUGAACUGUGAUAUGUGCUUAUAUCUUUGGCUCUUGGAAUUUUUAGUAUAAUAUUCCUUUGAUGAUCUUUAUACUUCCACCAUGUACCACACUGUCCCUGUCUUCAGUUUCUGGAUCUUCUGAUGAUUCCUUAUUGUAAUCUUAUUUUACAGGAGAUUAGACAUAUAUCUUGGAUGCUUCUCCAAUUUUCCUGUUUUCUCUCUCCUAUUUUACACUUCAGCAAUCUUUUUGUUUUAUUUUCUAGAUUUUCCUUAACUUUCUCUUGCACCCUAUGUAGACUUUUAUGUAGAUUUCUGCUGUUUGAAUCUCCAAGAUAUUUCUUGUUCUUUCAGUGUUCCUUUUUAUGACACUAUGUUUUUGUUUUCUGUCUAUAAGUGUGACUAUAUUUAUGACUAUAAAGUCUUAGCUGGUUAAAUAAAUUAAUCUUAGGUUUUCAAAGUUGUUAUUUUCUGCUCACCAACAAUAUUUAUAUUUCCUCUUAGCCCUUCCCUCCCCUUCCAUCCUCUAUUCUCCCCUCCUCUCCCCUCCCUUUUCAUCUAGUCUCUCCUCUCCUCCUCUCCUCUCCUCUCCUCUCCUCUCCUCUCCUCUCCUCUCC